GGAAAAUAAGAGUCAAUGCUGACUGGCUGGCGGGCGUUUUCUGUGCAGCCCUGAACAGCAGCACAUGGCAGAGCCUGCCUCACCAGAAGGUACUGAAAUUAUUCAGUGACCGCUGUUUUCCUGAAUGCUGCCCCAUCUGCACAGAGCAGAAAACUUCCUGCCCACAGUUCGUGUGCAAGAGUUUUGUCAGCAAAGGUUUUGCCUCUUCAGUGACUCAAGAGGAAACCUUCCCCUGGUUUGACCUGACAGCUACACAACUGAGAGAGUCUCCCUUUAGCCAGCUGCUAAAAAAGAGUGAGCUUAUCCGGUGCCAUCUUGCUCUAUACCAGGCAUCCUUUGGAGACUGGCCUACAAAGCAAUGUGGGCUGAUCAGCACCAAGACAACUCUUACUUUGGCUGCAGUGGAGCCUGCUGUGAUGCUGGAUGACAAGUCUCCAUUCUCCACAGCUGCUUCUGACAUUUUCUCAGAAAUUCCAGAGGAAACUACUGACUAUGAUUCUAAAUCCUCGUAA